AUGCCGCUCUUUGGAAUAACCUUUGAAGCAGUCUUGAGCCUACCAUGGAUAACACUUGGAUAUUUGAAGCAGUUAAUGCAGUGGAUCAAGUGCUCAAUGAAUAUAAAGGAAUCAAAUUCUGACAUUUCGGCUGAUGAUAUCCUUAAGUCUACUUCGACAAGAGAUGUACCAUCAAUUGAUCAUGUCGAUUAUCUAAACAACUCCGAAACGGAGAGUAGCUGCAUUUCUGACUCUUGCGAAGAAGACGAGGACGAUGUCGAGUUGAGCUAUAAUGCAAGCGAAUUGGAAUUGAACAAGCUUUGCUUAGCUGGCAACAACGAUGUAAUUAUUGGAGAAGAUCGCUGGUUCUGGACAUCUCGUCACGAGGUUGAUUCAUUUUUAGCACAAAACUGUUCAGAAUUUGUUGACUUGAACGACGACAAGGCGUCAACUCUAAAUGUUGAAAGGUUGGUGGAUUAUGUGAUGCCAUCGAUGGAUAUGAAUUCAGAGGCAGCGAUUGACGUUUGGGUUGAAAAAUACGGGGCCAGUAAAUUUGAAUUCCGCUACGUGUCUACACCUGUUAGUGAAUCAAGCACGGUCGAUUCCUGUUGGUCGUCAUCUGUUACACCGAGUAUUUCAGGAUCUUUUGUCGCUGUCUUGUAA